UUUUUCUCUCUUUAACUUUUCCCCACUUUCCGUCCGUGUGCGCUUAACUUUGUUAUCUUCGAGUCAUCUCUUCCUUCCUCUUCAUAUUCAUAUUCAUAUUCUCUCUCUCUCUCUCUCUCUCUCUCUGUGAUUCGCUGCGUGAAGCUUGCGAAGUCUCACUAAUGGCAGACAUAAGCCACCCUCCCAUGGAACAGCUUCAAGACCUCGAAUACUGCAUUGAUUCUAAUCCUUCAUGGGUUGAAACCAUCCUGUUGGCAUUUCAGAAUUACAUAUUGAUGCUGGGCACAAGUGUAAUGGUCCCCACACUUCUCGUUCCAUUAAUGGGCGGAACUGAUGAAGGCUUGAUUUUCAUUUUAUGGACAUAUUCAAGAAAUUUAAACCUAUCAUUAGUUGAGUCCCUCCUAGAUGACCAGUCAUUUGCUAUCUCACUCUCCGGAUCAACUUUACAUGGGAUUUUUGUGCUCAUUGUAUAUAAGCAAAUUUUGGCCUGGAUCUUCUUUGUGGGACUUGUUACUAUGGGUGACAAGGCACGGGUGAUACAAACUCUGCUGUUUGUAGCUGGAAUUAACACACUUCUCCAAGCACUUUUUGGAACCAGGUUGCCGGCUGUUGUUGGAGGUUCCUAUGCUUAUGUCAUUCCUAUACUUUACAUCAUACAUGACUCAUCCCUGCAACAAAUUAGUGAACCCCAUGUUAGAUUCAUACAUACAAUGCGAGCUAUCCAAGGAGCUUUGAUUGUGGCAGCAAGCAUACAAAUCAUCAUGGGUUACAGCCAAGUUUGGGGUCUCUUUUCACGGUUUUUCAGUCCUCUUGGAAUGGCACCUGUGGUUGGAUUGGUUGGUUUUGGAUUGUUUCAACGAGGAUUUCCUGCGCUAGGUAAUUGUGUAGAAAUUGGAUUGCCAAUGCUAUUGUUGGUCAUUGGAUUUUCACAAUAUCUGAAACAUGUGAGACUACUGAGGGACUUUCCAAUUUUUGAACGGUUUCCUGUUCUGAUCUGUGUUGCUAUCAUCUGGGUCUAUGCGGUUAUACUGACUGCCGGUGGGGCCUACCGUAACAAACCUUUUGCCACUCAACUCAGUUGCCGUACAGACAAAGCAAAUCUCAUAUCGACUGCCCCAUGGUUCAAGUUUCCAUACCCCUUGCAGUGGGGCCCACCUACUUUCGCAGCUGGUCAUUCCUUUGCCAUGAUGUCUGCAGUUCUCGUGUCGAUGGUUGAGUCCACUGGUGCAUAUAAGGCAGCAUCUCGGUUGGCAAUUGCCACUCCCCCUCCUGCCUAUGUAUUGAGCCGUGGUAUCGGGUGGCAGGGGAUUGGUGUUUUGCUUGAUGGUCUUUUUGGAACAGGAACUGGUUCUACUGUAUCGGUGGAAAAUGUGGGACUCCUUGGACUCACCCGAGUUGGAAGUCGCAGAGUCGUUCAAAUAUCAGCUGGCUUCAUGAUAUUCUUCUCCAUCUUAGGAAAAUUUGGAGCUGUUUUUGCUUCUAUACCAUUCCCCAUAUAUGCUGCAUUGUAUUGCAUUCUCUUUGGCCUUGUGGGUUCAGUUGGCCUCUCAUUUCUACAGUUCACUAACAUGAAUUCUAUGAGAAAUCUGACUAUAACGGGCCUCUCACUCUUCCUUGGGAUAUCUGUUCCUCAUUUUUUUUUUGAAUACCAGACUAUUCACGGAGGUCUUGUUCGCACCAAUGCUGGAUGGUUCAAUGCAUUCUUGAAUACCCUGUUCUCAUCCCCACCAACAGUGGGAUUGAUAGUUGCGGUGUUUCUUGACAACACAAUAGAAGUAGAGAAGUCGAAGAAAGACCGAGGGAUGCCAUGGUGGUUCAAGUUCAGAACAUUUAGAGGCGAUAACAGAAACGAAGAGUUCUACACACUCCCGUUCAAUCUCAACAGGUUCUUUCCACCAACAUGAUGACACUGACAGACAGGGUUUAUCAAAAUCAUUGAACACGCAGAAGAAAGCUCCUUUUCCCUACCCACAAUUCAAUUAACACA